CAAGUUGUGACGGCUACGGGGAUGUGGAGCUAUUCUCAUUCGUAGUCUAACUUUCGAACCAUUUGUUUCGGCCUCAAUCAAAAUUCUAAAUUCUAAAUUUUUUUCGGAAUUAAUUUAGCCGCAAAAAAGGGCCCAACAUGUGUGACGGUUGUGGAUCGCUGGAGCCUCGCGGAUGCCGCAGUCGCGAGUUACGCUGCGGCAUCAUGUACACCACCUGCGACUGCGUUAAGCGCAACGGGCUGCAGGACAAGUGUCCGCGGUCCGCCUGCCAGGGCCGGCCCGCUUGCCUGUGCUUCCCGUUCCCAACCUGCGGGCCGGCGGCAUUCCCGCUACGCUAUGCCAACAUGACGAUGGGAGUGAACAACAAGCGGAUGCGGUGCGCCGCCACGGCAGCUGCUUCCGGUGGCACCGGUUGUGGCGGUCGCGCUGCCGGCGGAUGUUGCGGCCCAUGCUGUAAGAGCACUCCAUGCUGUGGUCCGCACAGUCCGCCGUGUGGCGCUCAUAACGUGCCCUGCUGUGGCCCGCACAGUCCGCCCUGCGGUGCUCCUUCUCCCAUUCCGUGCUCCCCCGCACCUGGAAUGUGCUGCCCUCCGUUGCCCGAGGGCGGCAUUCCCGAUCCCCGUGUGUGGAACUACUACAACACACCCGUCACUUAUCCAUGUGGCUUCUAAAUGGAUCAGGCAGUCGAUCGGUGUCUGUGCCUCCGGGCCAUGUGCUUACUGAGAUAGUGUGAUACGGAUGUGGCAGUAGGAGCAUGCAAUUGUCCUGCAGUUUAAGUCAAAUUUGAGCCAGUUAAAGUCAGCAAAUCUAAGAAGAUACGAAGAUUCUUUCCUGAAAUUCUUUGCUGGGAUUGGACAAGAACUGGAGGAAUUCUGGAAAUAAUUGGAAAUACCGAAGCAGCUUGGCAUGGAAAUGUUUAUAUAUAUCUGGAAAAGUUUUUGGCAAAUAAAAUAUGGAAAACUUCUUU